AUGGACUUUUCUUAUGCGCCUCCCCCUUUACGGGCAAAAAGGUCAGGCACCCAACUGACUGAUUUAGAAAAACGGCCCAAGCUAGAUCUCUUCGAAGAUCUUCCUACUCAUCUUCCAAACACUACACCAACAACCGCUCCUAAAACAGACUUGGACGUGGUUGAAGAGGUGCACACGAAGAAAAGUGAACCAAUAUUUAUUGAGGGAACUACCAUCACGCUUCAAACAGAAGAGGAUAUUGCCAAAUGGAUUGAAGAGCGUAGGAAAAACUGGCCUACGCGGAAAAACAUCGAGAAUAAGAAAGCACAGCUAGAACUGAAAGCGGUAGCAGAAGUACCAAAAGAAACUCCUCUGGGUCACAAGAAGCAAGUUUGUAAGUUUUACGCUCGCAACGGCAAGUGUAAAUUUGGAGCCAAGUGUAAGAACUCUCAUGAAGUUGCCAACUCCGGCGGUCACAAUCGCAGCGGCGGAAAUGUGAAGAGCAUAAACGGAAUCAAAGUGAAUAUUCCGCAGAGGUACACACGAGAAGCAUCAGAGGCCACAUCGGGAUCGUUAUUCAAGAAACUUGUCCAGCGGGACUUGUUCGAGAACCAGAACAAUGCAGUGAUGGAUUUCGUACUUUACUUGGAUGCACAAGGCAUUAUUGACCGGGAUACUUCGAUGUAG